GCCGGGUCGGGGCCGGGGCCGGCAUGGAGGGAGCCGGGCUGGGCGCCACCGUGUGCGCCGCGGCCGCGGGGCUGCUGCUCUACCGCUUCGCGCGGAGGAAGAAGCCCACACACGUGACGGUGAACUGCUGGUUCUGCAACCAGGACACGGUGGUGCCGUACGGGAACCGCAACUGCUGGGACUGCCCCAACUGCGAGCAGUACAACGGCUUCCAGGAGAAUGGAGACUAUAACAAGCCCAUCCCUGCCCAGUACAUGGAGCACCUUAACCACGUUGUGUCGGGCGGCACAACUUUCUGUGAUCCCACCAAACCACAGCAGUGGGUGAGCAGCCAAAUUCUGCUCUGCAAGAAGUGCAACAACCAUCAAACCAUGAAAAUCAAACAGCUGGCUUCAUUCUCACCGAGGGAGGAGGGCAAGUAUGAUGAGGAGAUUGAGGUGUACAAGCACCACCUGGAGCAGACCUACAAGCUGUGCCGCCCGUGCCAGGCUGCUGUGGAGUAUUACAUCAAACACCAGAACCGGCAGCUCCGCGCGCUGCUGCUCAGCCACCACUUCAAACGCCGCGAGACAGACAAGGCCUACGCCCAGAAUUUAUGUUCAUCCUCCUCCUCUGCUUCCAUAACCACACCAGCUCAGGUGAUACUCCUGCGCUUCCUGGCCUUCCUCAGCUGCGCGUUCCUGGUUCUGAUGGCCUUGUACGGGUCAGGCAACCCCUUCUCCCUCAGCACAGCAGUCCCUGCUCCCGUUCCCUCUGGCCCAGCGUCCCUUCAGAACAGGACUGGCACAGGCUCCCAUGCAGACGUGGGCAAUGACACCUCGGUGAGGGUGGCAGGAUGGAGGGAGCUGCUCCAGCUGCUCCCAGAGCACGUGGUGGAGAACCUGAGCGCCGUGUGGGCUUACGGGAAGAAUCACCAGAUGGCCGUGGCUGUGCUGGGGCUGUUCACCUGCCUGCUGGCCAUGUUCCUGGCCGGGAGGAUCAGACUCCGGAGAAUCGACGCGUUUGCCUCGGUGCUGUGGUUCGUGGUGAUGAGCCUGCACGUAGCCGAGAGGUACCUGAAGAUGGAAACCCCCAGCUGGCUGGACACGGCCAAGUUUGGCACCACGUCCCUGUGCUGCCUGGUGGGAUUCACCGCAGCCGUGGCCACGCGGAAGUCGACGGGCCAGCGGAGAUACCGGCCCCGAAGGUCAGAGCCAGAGCAGUGACCCUGGGGGAAGGAGCAAAAAAAGCCUUGUGAACUCUUUGCGACUGGUGCUUCUCUCUCCUCUUUUUAUUUCCCCUUCCUCUGUUUCCUUGUUUGUUUGGUUUUUUUAAUCAGAUAAACAGUGAAGAUCUCUUCUUCCUUUUUAUAUAUAUCUAUAUAUAUAUAUUUUAAUUUUUUCCCCAUCCUUGCUUACCACUGUGCUAGCUGCUUGGAAUACUUCCACUGCUAGCCAUGGAAGCCUCUCCUGCUGCCUCCAUUCUCCCUUCCUCCUGCAUCCUACAUCAGCAGUGCAAAUAUCCAGCUUCCCCAAAGCCAGUUCUUCCAGCAGCUGCCCCACAAACUGCUCCGUGAAUGCAGCCUCCUCCCCAUUCUGCUCCUCCAGCCAAAGAGAUUCUGGCUCCUCCUGUCCUCCCAGUUCUUCUCACUGCUUCUCCAUCCUUAGCCACUCACAGAGGAACCCUCUGCCUUGAUCCACCAGUGGGGCCCAGGCCACCUUCACUUUUCUAAUGGUGCUGGUCAUUUUAACUUGGAACUGAUGGGAACUUGCCUCUGGAUUUGGAGUCCUCGUACCGUGUGCUGUGGUAACGCCCAGGCAUGCGAGGAGGGGACCACACGUAGCCCAUAACCUGGUUCUUCUUGCCUUCCAUAAUGUAGCAUCACUUACCUGCAUGUUCUCUAGCUCUGCCCUUCUCCUGACUCCUGUUUUAUAUGGAGAAGUGUCCUUAAGUGCUGUUGACUGGAACUCCAAUAAUUUAUUCAAAAGGGUGCUUUACAAGAUCAUGUAGCUCAGGGUGUCUGAUUUAAUACCUGAAAGUGUUCAGCUGGUUGAGGCUAAAUUUUCAGAUCUACCAGUGGCUGUUGCUUUCAAUGCCAGUUUUCUUUGGGUUUGUUACCCACCCACCCACUCCCUGAGGAACAUCUGUGUACAAGCACAAGUGGAUAAAAAUGCGUGUGUUCCUUCACUCCUAUAGAAGAAAUAUGUGAUAGCAACCUCAUGCUGUGAUACAUGGUCAGCUGGCAGUGUUCAUCACUACUUACUCAGGCAGUGUUUAUUGCUGAGAACACAGAUAGGAAGGAUGUGCCAAAGGAAGGGGUGGGAGCUCUGCUGUGGGACUGCAUGGCAACAGAGAUGGAUUUUUGGGGUUACUGGGAAGGGUUCUCUUUUGAAGUCUGACAUCGGUGCUCAUGCUGUUGAAAAAAAGGGGCCUGGAAAUUGUGAUUUGGAGCUGAGUGCCUGGCAGUCCUCUGCUGAAAGCUGGGGUAACUGGGUGUUACUGUGUGGGGAGGGAGGAAGGAGCUUCCAGCUGCUUGGGUUUUUGUGGGACUGACUUGUUGGGGCCUCUUAGGAUCAGCAGUCUGAAUAUCCUGCACUGUCGUUUGCAAGACAGUCCACUGAGUUUCUCUGAUGGAUUUGGGUCUUCCAAGAGGAAAUAGCACUGUUACAGAAGAUCUGCUAUUUUCUUCUGUUCCAGAUAGCACAGUGGAACUUGCCACACUAACAGUCUGAUAUAAAUUAAUUGGAUGUCGUGAUCUUCCAAUGUAUAAACUAAAAUAAUCAGAGUGGAGCUCUCACUGUGAAGUAUCUGCAACUUCUGCUGAAACAUUCAGACACUACUGGGUGCUGCAGAUGCUGGUGAAACCAGAGAAGCUUUUUUUAAAGGAAACAAAAGCUUUCAUAGCUUUUCUUAGUUACUGCUCUUCCAACCUGUGAUCGUUGUGAAAGCACAAAGGUGACACUGUGAGGUUCUUUAACAAUAAGCCAGGCUGAGUGUGCCCUGGGAAGGUGCAGCUCCUGCCUGAAGGACCGUGUGCCUGUAACUUAGCAAGGGAAGGGGCCACACAAACCUGCUUCCCUUCUGGGCUCUCCUUUGGAACGUUUUUCCAGUGCCUUCAGACAAAUAUCCACCUCCAAGCUCACAGAACACCUGUUUCCAUUCUGGUGCUUGUGAAUGAUGGUGCUCUGAGGGUUGUUUACUUAUUUACCCACUAAAGGAACCCAGCACCUGCAAAGUCUGGUUCCAUCUUCCACCUUCCCAUCACUUACCAAUCCUGACCCAAAAUGCUUGUCUUCCAGCUCACAGGUUGCUUCUUAUUCUAGUCUCAGACUUUAAAAAUGAUGAUAAUAAUAACCAUUUUGUCCCAUUUUCUGCAGGGGCACUUGAGUGAAUUUAGAGAGUUGUUUCAAAGUAAAUACUACAGGAAGCCACGUGACAAAGCAGGGGGAAAAAGCCAGCAGAAGUGUGCUGGGUCAGACUUUCACAAUCCCUCUGGUGCCUCUUUCCUACUCUCCCUUAGGAGAUUUAAUAGGAAACAUUCCUUAAAAAUCCAGUCUUUUUUCUCUGUACCUAUCAACCUGUUGGAGCGGGAAGCAGUGUUAGGACAGGAAGUAAUAAGCUCAUGAAAGGAUGGGAAAUGGCAAAGGAUAAAAGCCCUAAAAAAAGCCAAAAAGGGGGACAAUUCGUGUGCUAUCAACUGUUUACUUGGCACUCCUUUCAAUGCAGUGAUCCCUGGAAAACUCCUCACUGCAGCAGCCCUUCCAACACCACUGUUCUGCAACCCAUCUGCUGUUCAAAGUGGGGUGGGCAAAGCCACCUGAUGAGAUGGGCACUGGCACCAAAUCCAGUGCCAGCUCUACCAUCCUCUGAAAAAGCUGCACAGAAAACCCAGGACACCCUGAGCUGUCAUGGCCAUUAAGUGAAAUAAAGACACCAGACUUCUUUUUCCUUCCUCCCUUUUUCCCGCUUCAGGACUUCAAAAUUUUCCUCCUAGAGUUAAACAUAGGAAAAGACUGAUGUUCCUAUUGAGCUGUGAUUGUCUUCUGCACUUACUGCACAAUUUGGAAGUUGGAAGUUCCUCUUGCUGCUCUCCUGUGAGGUGUGUCCCAGUGAUGGGAGAAACCUCAUGUUUGAGGGAUAUAUUGAGGCUGCUGGCAGGAGGAGGGGCGUUGGGAUGGCCAUGGCAGUGUCUCAUGCCUGAUUUCUAUCAGCAAUUAUCCCUUUUUUCAUAAGAAUGAAAUUAAUCUGCCCAAAUUUUCUUGCCCAGUAGUGAGGAAUCUCUCAGUGGCAGCUUCUAAAGAUGCUUGGCAGCCUCUUAGGAUGCUUUGCUUCCAGGAGCUGAAAGUCAAGGCUCUGUUAAACUUCUCUGUGCCCUGUUUCACGUGCCCUCCUGUCUCCCAUUUUCCUCCCAUCUCUUUAGGAGCACUUUGGGUUUUCCCCUUUAAUUUAAACUUGCCCCAUCUUUGAGCCCCCUGAGGUCAGGCACCUUUUAUGAUAUUUUUCUCUUCAGUGUUAUGUUGUUUGACCAUUUCUGUUCUUUUCUCUUAUUCUCUUGUCUUUUUCCCUGUGCAGUGCUGGGAUGGGAUGGGGAGGAUGCAACUAAAUAUUGGGAACAGGCAGUUGGCAGAACUGUGGGAAGGAGUGGGAUUUACACUGUGAAGCCUGAAUAGUCCUAUUAAGGAAUAUUUUAUCUCUGUUUGCACAGCAAGUGCAGACCUACACUGAGUUUAAAAUCUUUUAAUCUGGGAGAUAUGUUAACUGCAAUUGAAUACAAGCAAGAAAUCCAUUUGUCUUCGCUUUAUGCAGAUUAAUACCAGUGAAGUAUAUUUACAAGUUGCACUAAUUUAUAUGUCAGAACAUCAGAAAGCUACUUUGUUUUGUGGCCAAGCUGUACAACUGAUCUCUGUGGUGCUUUGUUCAUGAUUUACUGAAAAACUUUUGGACUUGUAAUUGGAAACAUUUCACAGGUGAAACAAAAUAACACAUGUUGAAGUGGGGUUCAGUUUUAAUGCCAAAGAAGCUUUUGUCUGUACUCAGGUGUCAGCUUAUUUUCCCCCCCUUCUUGGUGCCUCAGCAUGUCUGUGCUGCUGCUUCUCAAAACACCAGAAAACCUCAGAGCCUCAAAACCAAACUUGCAGCAGUUGAAUUUUUGGUCCUUUAGAGACUCUGAUGCUGACAAGUCUCCUCUCUUUCUGCUUCUCUCACAUCGUUGGUCUCUCAUGCUUUUGCUGAUGGAUCUUUUAGGGGAAAGGGAAGAAAGGAGGAGAAGGGUGGGAUUUUCCAGAGGUGUUCUGAUUUAUAAACUGUAGCAUUCAAGCAGUACCAGUUGUGUCUCAGACAACGAGGCCUGUAGAAGAUCAGUUGUGAGUUUGCAGUAUUUUACUCUGGACUGUUCCUGGGGAAAAAAAAAUUAGGUAAAUCACUACUGCCUUUACUGAGCCUGUUCUUGCCAUACCUGAUUUAAUGCCAAAUAGACUGUUGUAGACACUGCCACGCUGUAGGUUCUGUAUGGAAGGUGCUUUGCAUUUUUCACCCGAGGUUCAAUUAGGACGUAGCUCAGCAGUUGGAUAUAUCACCUGACUGCAUGAUUGCUUCCCCCACAGUGGAUCCAGCAGAAGGAAAUGUGUGCUCCCAGCUCAGGUAUUCUGGUGCAAGUCCAUGCCCUGGGCACAGUCCUUCCAUCCCUGUGCAGCUGAGGUGCUAUUUUGUGUGAGACACACACGGGAGCACAUUUCUUCCUGCUGGGUGGGACAAGAGCUAACAAAGGGCUGGUAGCUAAUGAACACAGCUGGCACAAAAGCACCCAGGACUACUUGGUCAGUGCUUUGAGCUUCUCGUUUUCCAUUAGCUGGACUCUUUAUUUCAGGCCUGAGAGGAACACUGUGGUAACCUGUGGUUACGAGAUGCAGCUUUGAAGCCUGAGGGCUCUCCCAGCCACGCAGGCCAGAGCGUGCAAACAUUUUAACAGUAUUAGAGGGUUUUAGCCCAAAAGCCCCUAAUUCAAGGUGCUGCUCUUUCACACUGGCCAUAUGCUGGUGUCUGGACCAGAGGAUGGUACAGCAGAAUGGAGCUGAGGGUUGUGUGUCACUUGAAAUCAGAUCUGCUCCAUGCCCAAGUGCCUGACUCUGCCUCUCGGUGGUCAUGGCUCAUCUCCAACUCAAAAUCUUGUACCCUGCCCAGCAGAGCCAGAUUUAUAAAGGGGCUGAUGUGGGUUCUUUAAGUGCCUUUCCCUGGACAAGAUCUGUGACAACACUGUGUUGCUUUGCUUCAUUGGAAGCCCUGAGGCUGCAGCGUGGGGCAGCAGUGCCUGUGUGUGUGCCAGGCCAGUGCUUCUGUCCCUCAUCUGCCCCCAGUGAGUGUGACAGGGCAUAAGAGGACACUUGGGCUGCACUCUUAAAUUUCUGAGCAGCUCUGCAGUCUCUAAGGGGGUUGAGGGAGAACCCAGAACUAGCAGCCAAAUCAGCACCUCUGCUGCUGCUACUUCUGAAGCCCUCACUGACAUCAGUGCAUGCAAACUGACGCCUUUGUAGCCCUUUACCCUUCAAAAUACACUAUAUUUAUAUCCCAUUUUUUCUUUUCUAUUAACUCCUCCUUUCCUGCACCUGUGCUGUGCAUGCCCUGGUGAGCUGAGCUGGGGUUGUGGCAAAGGGUGAGGACAUGAGGGGAAGAUAAAAACGGUGUAGUGGCGUUUGAUUUUGGCUUGGUGAAUAUUCUUCAAGUACUCUGAAAUUAUGUGAAGCUUAUAAUCAUGCUUAGAUACUCUAGGAACUAUGUAUUGAUGUACUGUGGACAAAGUAUUUAUGCUUUUAUAAAAAUUAAUAUAAUUCAUAGCCAGAUGGUUGCUCCAGACUGACUCCACUCCUGAAAGCAGGGAGCUGUGGUGUGUGGCUUUGCUUUGGUUUUUAAAGAGAUGCUUUUGAAAAUGCAUGCUGUCACAUAUAACCUGCCAGGUCAUUCCAAGUGUGCUGUCACCUGUGAGUACACUUGGGGCCACUUUGAGCCGUGGCAGAUGCUCUCCUGUGAGAGGGACAGUACUCAGUCCUGAAGUCAUCCCCUGUAAAGCCUCAUCUGGGACCAGAGGGGUCGAGUGCACAGGCAGGAAGAGGUUCCCUGGACAUUUUUGUCAUGCCAGCAAGUCUGGAUUUGUGUAGACACAGGACCUUUGUGCCACCUGUAGGAGGGAAGGCAAAGUUGAUGCCAAACAUCUGUACUCUAGAAGGUGUUAGUGCAGGACCUGGCAGCUGGAGCAUUUUUAGCUCCAAUUCAACCCUCCUUUUUCAUCCAAAGCAGGACAACAUGUAGGAGAGAAUUCUUACUCUUGGCAGCUAAAGUUUCUAGCUUUCUUAAGUCACAUAUCAAAAUAUUAAUGUGUCUCAGACCUGUGCCCUUUUUAAUCAUUAUUCUCCCUUCUCCCUGUGCCUGUUUUUUUAUUCAUAUAUUGCUCUUUACUCCUGAUUCUUGACUGUAGGCACGGGUUGUGGCCCUGGCUGAUGAGAUGGAGCAGAGCAGAGCAGUACCUGGUCAGGGCACAGCAAUGUGGGGGAACAGGGAGCUGUUCUGCACCCACAGUGCCUGGGAACAGGGUGCAGUUGUACCUGGAGAACUCACAGCUCAGUUGUGAUGGCACAUUAAGUCCAGAGUUAACAUUUUAUCCCCUGACUGCCCCGGGCAGGUGAACCUGGGCAAACACCACGAGCUGCCUGCCUCUGACUGCAUCUUACCUUCCUCCUUCAUGGACUGAAUUCCCUGGCACAGGAGUGGGUCCAUCCAGCCCUGUAGUCUGACCUGCCCCAUGCCCUCCCAUGUCUCUCUCUGUCCCAGGAUGCAGCAUCUCUGGUUAAAAUGUGAAUUAAAUAGGCACACACAUAGGUGGUGUCUUUGGAUAGGAGGGAGGUGUUGGGACAGAGGAGGGGAGGCUCUGCUGGCAGGAGGUGUCUCUUCAGGACCGUGUACAGUCCCAUACCGUGUAAUACUCUUAUUUAACCUUCUAUUUAUUUAUUUUUAAAGUAUCCGUGUAGCAGAGUUGUGCCCAACUGUCUAGUAACGCUGUGAUCAUUGUAAACACUAAUUAAGAUGCCCAAUUUUUGAUGUUCACAAUAUCAAGUUCUGAAAUAAACGGCUUCCGGGCCCUGACUAUUUCCACAAA